AUGUAUCACACUGGUGAAAAACCGUUCAGCUGUGACCUCUGUCCAAAGCGUUUUACUGAGAAAGGCCAUCUUGUCGUUCACCUGAGGAGACACACUGGUGAAAAGCCAUACACGUGUGACGUGUGCAAAAUGCGUUUCACUCUGAAAGGCCAUCUUGUCGGUCACAUGAGGACACACACUGGUGAAAAGCCUUUCAAGUGUGACAUAUGUAAAAUGUGUUUUGCUCAAAAAAAAACACUUGUCGAUCACGUGAGGACACACACAGGUGAAAAGCCAUUCAAGUGUGACACGUGUAAAAUGCGUUUUACUAAGAAAUUCCAUCUUGUCGCUCACCUGAGGAGACACACUGGUGAAAAGCCAUACACGUGUGACGUGUGCAAAAUGCGUUUCACUGUGAAAGGCGCUCUUGUCAGGCACAUGAGGACACACACUGGUGAAAAGCCAUUUAAGUGUGACAUAUGUAAAAUGCGUUUUACUCUGAAAGACUCUCUUGUCAAACACAUUAGGACACACACUGGUGAAAAGCCACACACUUGUGAUGUGUGUAGCAAGGCUUUUAGUCUAAUAUCUAAUUUCAAAAGACACAAAACAAUUUGUAAAACAAUUUAAAUUUUAAGUCUUAAAACUUUGUAAAACUACAUCAGUUGUUCAGCAAUGAUUGUAAUUAUUACAGUUUUGUCUGUUCAUUGUAUUUCUUUACAUAACGAAUAAAAACAAGUGUCGAUAGACUUCAUGAACCCGGCGGCGCCUCCAUUUUGUUCCUUGCUCGGUCACACCGGCUUGUAUGUGGCAAUCCUUGGAACUUGGCGACGCAGGUGUCUCACGCGGUGCUCUUGUUCCAGGUAGCGAUCCUAGGUCCUCGCCCAGCAGCAGGACGACCUCCGGGGAGGAUCCUGGCGAGGCCACCGUAUCGAGCUGAAGCAGGACGGUCGGCUGUACCUCACAUGAGCUGCGUGAACAGAGUCCUGCUGGUGAUCCGAUCCAUUGGCCUGCUAAUGGUCCCGCGGGGCCAGCGCGAGGUGCUGAUGCCGCUGGCAGACGUGUCGCGGCUUCGCCCCCUGGAAGUGGCUCCACUCCGUGCUCGAUAUCAUGCGCUGCUCCGGGUGCAGGUCUUGUAGGGGCGCCGCGAUCUAACGUUACUUGUGUGGGGGCGGGGCGGCGGGUAGAGCGAAACUCGCUUAGAACUUAAGGGUGGUGAAAUUUAACCUAUUUGACGCUUUAUGCUGCUAGCUUCCCUGUUGCAGGCCUAGUCGCAGGAGUGACUCCGACGUUGCACGCGCAUGCUGGUGGUCCUGGGGAUGGGGUAGACCUCUGAUGACGACAGCGGCGGUGUCUGACGCGGUGCUCUUGUUG